AUGAAAAAAUGGUACGAACCCAAGAAAGCACAUCCCGUAGCCAUCUCUUCGCAAAGAGAUGGGCCAGAUCUGAAGGCUUCUUUGUUCGACCGAGGAGAGAGUGACCUAAAGUCAAACAAAGAACGACAGAGAAACAGUUGGGAAGACAUGCUGGUUGACAGCAGAAACAGAGAGGGAGAAGCAAGAGCAAAAAGUGACCAAGAGGGAGAGGAGGAAGCAGAAGUUCUGACCGAAACCUGGAGGGAAAGACUGGGGGCUCAUUGUCAUGCCACGUGCUAUGAUAAUAAGCUUCACGAUGGGGAUAUCAGCAUAAUCUCAUUACCAUAG